GUUUAAAGCUACUUACAUAUAUCGGCAAUUUUAGGAAGAUUUUAUUUUGAAGAACUGAAUAAUACUACAAAUGGGACUGUACCAUUAGUUACCAGGGUCAGGGAGCCGCGGGCUGUUCGACGACUUCGAAGGUAUUUGCGGGAGACUUGGCAGUUUUGAAGGAGGUUCCCCUUGCUCUCAGUUCACCUACACUCCCUAGGAAUGUGCAGUCCGGGCUGACAUUAGCAGAGAAGUUCUGGUCAGCUUGGAUUACAUUGUGCAAAGCUCUUGUUUUCUAGCAAGGAAUUAGUCCGUGCCCACCCUGCUUCUUCCAGACUCAAUAAUAGUAACUUGUUCCCCUGCUUUGAUAGAUUUAUCUUUGCCUUCGUAAAACUGAUGUAAGAGCCUUGCUUGUUAUCCGUGGGAACAUAAAGGAUCCAUCGUUCUUCGCUGACAUGCAAUGAUAACAAUGAGUAAUGGAAGAGAGAGGCAAAGCGAUCUGAAACGUGGACCACAGAAGUGCUUGUAACUUCUGGUGUUUUAGAGCACCAACCUUUCUGUUGCAGAGAAGCACUGAAGGAGUCGCUGGUGCUGAGUAGCAGAUGAACAGCACAGGCAGAAGAUGAGAGAAGACCUGAAGAAUCCAAGGCAGAGUGAGUAAAAGAGACUGAGAGAAUCCGCUGAAGAACACUCAAGAACCCAUUGGGCCUUUGGGAUGAUCUUCUGGUCCUGUUCCUGAGAGAUGAAAGAAAGAGACAGCAGGAGACCAUGUGGACUGUCCUAGUGAUUAUCCUCUCAUCUUCUUCAACACUAGUUCCCAUUACCACCUCCAAGCAGGAGUUUAGUGAAGAUAUGCCAUUUCCUGUUGAGGUCAACAUGGAGAAACAGAUCUGGAUAUCAUAAGCAUAUUGAUAGCGCCGUGCACCAAACUUCCUGGCAUCUCCAGAUAGGACUGGGAAAGACUCCUGCCUGGAACCUUGGAAACCUGUUGCAACAGAUCAGAGCCAUCACUUCAUCAUGUGAGAUCCAGAAAAUGAUGAGAAGGGAAAAAGAGCUGUGUGCAUUGACCCUCUCCCAGGAAGAAGAGAAUAGAACAGCUGAAAAUGAAUUGCUCAGGAAUUCAGGCAGAUGCACUGGAAUGUGGGAUAACAUAACCUGCUGGUUGUCUACUUCCACUGGGCAAACCAUUAGUGCCCCUUGCCCCAAAGCCUUCCAGAUGGCAACUGGGCAAACAGGGUUCAUAUACCGUAACUGCACCAGCGAAGGCUGGUCCGAGCGAUUUCCACGACUACGUGUUGCUUGUGGCUUUGCUGUGGAAGAAGUGAAUGCUACUUUAUUUGCGGUGAGACCAAGGGUGGCUUAUCUGAUGAAGUUGGAGAUCGUGUACACCAUUGGAACCAGUAUCUCCCUGGCGGCUCUGACAAUUGCCUUAGGCAUUCUGGCGUCUUUUAGAAGACUGCGCUGUACAAGGAAUUACAUCCAUAUGAAUCUCUUUGUGUCAUUCAUCUUGCGGGCCAUGGCAAACUUCAUUAAAGAUCCUGUGCUGUCUGAGGACACUGAUGAUGAUGUCUACUGUGAAUUACGCACGGGCAGAUGUAAGACUAUCAUAGUCUUUCUUAACUUUUGUAUUAUGGCUAACUACAGUUGGCUUCUUGUGGAAGGACUGUAUCUCCACACCCUGCUGGUUAAUUCUUUCUUCUCACAAAGGAAGUUCUUCUGGUGGUUAGUGGUUCUGGGAUGGGGCACACCCUCCUUAUUUGGAACUGCAUGGGCUAUAGCCAGACUAUUACAUGAAAAUAUUGGAUGUUGGGAUAUUCAACGUACUCAUAUCCGAUGGCUCAUUCAAGGCCCUGUGCUGGUGGCUAUUGUUAUAAAUUUCAUUCUCUUUAUUAAUAUUGUAAGAAUCUUGAAGAGCAAGCUUAGAUGGCCAGAUGGAAGGAGCAAGGAUUCCAAUCAGUACAAGAGACUUGCUAAAUCAACACUUGUGCUCAUCCCUCUCUUUGGAGUCCAUUACAUCAUCUUUGCUUUUUUCCCUUUCGAUACCAAGAAUGGCACCCUGGAGAUUCAGGUUCUGUUUGAACGAGCCCUAGGAUCUUUCCAGGGCUUUGCUGUGGCUGUGCUUUACUGUUUCCUUAAUGGUGAGGUCCAGCAGGAGAUUCACAGGAAGUGGCAGCAGUGGCACUUAAGGAAACACAUCUCUUCACAUAAGCAUCACAGCUCCACAUUCCAUAAUGAAGUAAGUGGAUUCACACAGGUGCUGCAGCUGAUGAAGCCCAGCCCACAUGAGGAAAGGAGACUUACCCCAUCCCAGAUUUGAGUAAAAUGUAAUGAGUCUAGUGCAGAAAAGCACUAAUUGCUCACAUGGAGGUAACUGGAAAGUGCUCACUUCAUCAGGCAUCAUGAUUACCUAUCAGAAAGCUAAAUGUGUCUCUUAAUUAGCUCUGCAUGGAGCCUAGCUUUCUGUGGCCUGAAUAUUAUUAUCACCUGAAGUAUUUUAUAGGGAUGACAUAUGAAGAUUCAUUUCCAAGUGGAAGAAAAUCCUCCUUCUCCUUGCCUUGCUUAUUUUAUCUUCUGAAUCCACCACUCUAAGAUACCAUUUUCUUUUAUGCACAGUUUUAGUGAAUUGAGUGUCAGAUUAAAAGACUUAUCUGAUUGUUCUAUUAAAUAUUGUUUUGCAUACAGCAGUUUGGGCAAAACAUGACUCAUAAACAACCUAUGGUCCUUGGAGAAAAUUUUGUGUUGUCUGGAGACUGUUUGUAGAAUACAAGCUUUCUUUAAAACAACAACAACAAAAUGUCCCUAAAGCACUGAAAUAUCUGUUUAUGUAUCUUCACACCAUCAAAAUAAGUGGAGCUACACAUGCAUAAUUGGCCACAGAAUUCAGCUAGAGACUUCAGUUGGCCCUGGAGUCUGAUCUCUCGGGUGUGCGGCCUUGGCCUCUGGAAGCUCACGUGCUGUGAUGGCCAGGGGAAUCUUCACCAACUCUCCUUCUGAGAAGCCUGUGACUUUAAGAACUUGUGGCUGUUGUUCAUCCAUUUGCAAUCUGGAAGCUAGACUACUUAAUCACUCUCUGUGAAAGACUGUCCUUGAUGUUUCUUCAGCUGGUACCGAAAGGAAGAGGAUAUCAUAUCUAUGCUCCACCUUCUGCCCCAAUUUCCUGUUAUCUUUUGGGUCCAAUUAAAAGGACUACUUUGACCCCCAAAGCCACAAACAUCAUGGACCUUGGUGCCAUAGAGAGUGCCUGCUCUUUAUAUCCUAGCAUGACCUCUUCAAGCAGCUGAGAGUGCCCUCUUAACCAUACAACUCUAUGCCAUCAACCAGAGAGGACUUCAUGGUAGCUGCUCCGUAAGUGUGGUACUCCUUUCCUUGAGAGACCCAACAAAGUCUGAGUCGAGCAUAUUUUGGACGUGUUGCAAGACUUGUUUGGCCCUAAUGUACAUUUUAUUUGCUUAUAGCUUUGGAUGGGUUGUUUCUGUAUUUUUAUAAACGUAUAAAUAAACAUGGAUAAAUGCAGUAGCUUGAGGUGAAAGUUUGAAUAGCAUCCUGCUCUGGGCAAGCAGGGCAAUUUCCCCCUGCUAAGCUGCCUAUCUGUGCAGAGCAAAUCUAUUCAUGCAAGUCUGCUUUUAAAUAUCAGGCAUAUAUGGUUGUGUUGUGUAAUAUCUGAUUCCACGAUGUCUUCAAUGUCCUGCCUGCAGACGUGCAAGAGCCACGUGUGCAAAUUAGCACACAAGCAAAAGAAGUCAUUUGGGAGCAUUUUCACUGAUAUGGGAAGAUAAGCCCAAAAACUAUAUUCAUGACACACGAAAAGCACUUUUGAGCUUCUCUUGUUCUAGUUGUGCCAUGGAAUAUUAGACUUCGGUGUAAAACUGAGGAUUUGGUAUUCGUAAGCAAAUCUGACACUCUGGAAUUUGGUCUCCAAAAAUUCCUGGGGAUUUUUAGCCCACUAUAGAAAGUAAGAGUCCCUCUUUAGGUGUGUGUUUAUUUACACUAUUGAUCUUGACAUGCUUAUUUUUCACCAGUGCCUGCUAGUUAGGAGUGGCUCACUCAUGUGCACACCAACUGAAUCUUAUUCAGUUAUUUGGAAUCUGUAUUGUACUCUGCAAAAAAACCCCUGAAAUAUAUCUAUAAUUCUCCCUUGACACUGUACUCAGGCUAUAUAUACUUACUUAUUUAGGUGACCAUUUCUUACAUCUGCCAAAAUAGGCUCCCAAAAGUAUUGAGGCCCACUGAAGAAAUAUAUUGUGACAUAAGCUUGCAUAAUAGGACUCUAUCUGUAUGAGCUUGGACACACACAGUAGCUUUCUAUCAUACUACUUACAUUAGUAAGUUCAGCUGGGAAAACUAUAUUAUCACCAACUGUUGUUGAUUUAAAUUAUACACUUAUGCUUUACAGAAGAAGAGUCACCUGUUGUUAUUCUUCUGUUCCAUAACUACUUGCUCCCAUUGUUCACAGGUUUGGGCUCACCCAUUUAGACUCCCAUGUUUCUGUCUCACUACAUGUGCUAAUUAACUUGCACAACCAGGAGGGCUGCCAUAUCUUAUUUUAUAUUGUUAUUUUAUUUUUAACACAUAUAUAUACUGUCCCAUAUAAAAUCUCAGGAUGGUUUGUAAUUUAAACUAACAGCAGCAAUAAUCUACUAUUAUUGCUGUUGUGACUCAGUGCGGUACUUAUCCCUUGCUUUAAGCUUUUCAUAAAAAUGGUCUCAGACUAUACUCUUUGCAAUCCAUAGCCCUUUGAUGCCACUGUCUACCAUCCCCCCCCUUUGCUCUAUCUCCGUGUAUAUAUAAAUAUACCUGCAAACUGAGGAUAGCACUUCAUGCAUCUGAUGAAGUGGACUUUAGUCCACAAACACCUAUGCUAAAAUAAAUUGGUUAGUCUUUCAAGUG